CUCUACAUCGCGCAAGCCCAACUCGCAGACCUCCCCUUAGCCCUGCAAGCCGAUCUCCCCACCCCACGUCUCGUCACCGAAGCAGGAAAAGGCGAUAUCUACGACGCCAACCUCUGGAUGGGCAUCCCACCUACCUAUACACCUCUCCACAAAGACCCCAACCCGAACCUCUUCGUUCAGUUAGCGAGCAGGAAACGGGUUCGGUUGUUUUCGCCUAGGAUUGGGAUGGAGAUUUUUAGGGCGGUGCAGAUGAGGAUUGGGCGGAGUGGGGAGGGUAGUUUGAGAGGGGAUGAGAUGAUGGAGGGUCCGGAGAGGGGAGAGCUUGAGAGGGCUGUUUGGGGGGAGGGGGGUGGUGAUGGGGGGUUUGAGGGGUUGGUUGAGGCGGGAGAUGCGCUGUUUAUACCGAGGGGUUGGUGGCAUAGUGUCAAGAGCGAGGCAGAGGGUGUUAAUGCUUCUGUGAACUGGUGGUUUCGAUGA